CAGGCGAGGCGUGGGCAGGGCGUGGCCGAAGGGGGCGUGGUCUGCGCGGGGCGUGGCCGGGAGCGGGAGCGGGAGCCGAGCAGGAGGUUCGGGGGUGCCAUGGCGCAGGUCCUGCGUGCCGAAGCCUUCCCAGGGCGCCGGUCGGGGCCCCCCCCCGGGGCGGGGGACGCGCCGUACUCGCUGGAGACGGCCUACGGCUACCGGCUGGACCUGGGCUUCCUGGGCUACGUGGAGGCCAUCGAGAAGGGGCUGACGCUGCGGCGCGUGCCGGUGGGCCGCCGGCCUCACCGCGCUUCCUGGGCCGCCUCCGCCGAGACCCUCGGCCCCCCGGCGGCCCCGGACCCCCGGGUGGAACGGACGCUGCGGGGGGCCCGGCGGCGCCUGGAGGAGGAGGGGGUGCCGGCGAGGGUCUCGCCGGCGGCGGGGGUCCCGGCGACGGUGGGCUCGCCGGGAGCCGCGCCGCUGCGGCUGGUGCGGGAGCAGAUGGCGGCGGCGCUGGGGCGGCUGCGGGAGCUGGAGGAGCAGGUCCGGGCGCUGCCGGCGUUGCGCCGGCGCCUGGAGCGGCUGCAGGAGGAGAAGCGGCAGCUCCUUGACCGGCUCCGCCGUGACGGCGGCUGCCGGUGCGGGUGCGGGUGCGGGUGCGGCGGCUCCGUCGACGGCAACGGGGACCCCGGCGGCUUCGGCGACGACGGCUCCGGCAUCGGCGUCGGCACCGACGUUGGCUCCGACGAUGGCACCGGCACCGGCACCAGCAGCGGCGCCGGCUCUAGCGUCAUCGGCUCCGUCACCGGCACCAGCAUCAGCUCCGGCAUCGGCUCCAGCAACGGUACCAGCAGCAGCGUCGGCUCCAGCACCGACACCGGCAGCUGCUCUGGCACCGCCGUCCCCAUUGCCAACGCCAGCAUCAGCACCAACAUCGCCUCUGGCUCCACCGGCUCCGGCAUCAGCUCCGGCAUCAGCUCCGGCAACGCCAGCAACUUCGGCUCCAUCACCGGCACCACCGUCCCCAUGUCCACCUCCGGCAUCGGCUCCGGCAUCGCCACCGGCUCCGGCACCACCGUCCCCGUCCCCAUUGCGACCGCGGGGCCGCGGGGCCGGCGGUCGGUGGGGGUGGGCACGGAGGGCUCGGGGGUGCCGGGGGGUGCCGGGGGGCUGCCGGGGCGGGUGGCGGUGCUGGAGCGGCAGCUGCGGCGGGCGCUGGGGGAGCUGCGGGAGGCCCGGGCCCGCCUGGCCCAGCGCCAGCCGCAGCCGGGGGACGAGGAGCAGCAGGAGGAGGAGGAGGAGGAGGAGGAAAGGGAUGAAGGGCACGGCCGCCCCCGCGGGGGGGGCAGCGGCAGGCCGGGCUCCAGCUCCUCGGACGAGAGCGAGUACCACGAGGCCGUGGAGGGGCCCCCCCCACGGGACCCCCCCAACCCGGCCGCCCCCAGGCCCCGCUAGCCCUCGACCCGCCGGGACCCUGCCGUGACGCCGCGUCUCCCCGUGACGUCGUGCGACGCCGCGUGAUGUCGUAUGACGCCGCGUGACACCGCCCUGCAGCCGGACCCUCGUUAGCCCCUCGCUUCGUUCUCUCCCCUCCGUGUUCCCCCCUCUCCGUGUUCUGUCCCCCCCCAAUAAAGCCGCCUCCGACCACCGCGACCCACGGC